UGAUCCCCCGGGACUCACAUACUUGGUCUCUUUCCCCUUCUUCUCCCUUUAUUCUCCUUCUGCCUCUCACCGGGUCUUCUCUCUCCUUGGGUUCCUCCCUUCCUCUUUCUCUUCCCUCCCUCCUUGACUCUCUCCUUCUUUUCUAGAUCGGGAGGUCAGAGUCCAAGGCCCGGCCCCGGAGCUUCUUCUCCCCCCUCCGGCCACUGCCACGCCACCCGUUCGUUGCCGUCUCUCGGAGAUCCCACGGGACCAAGACCUGCCUUGUGUCUCUCACCAUGCUCCCGGCCCUGGCCCUGAUCUGGGCUCUGGUGCUGGGGGCAGAGGGGAGCCCAGCCAACAGCCCUCCUCGCCUCCGACUCUCCUUCCGAGAGCUCUGGGCUCGGCAUGGCCUGCGCACCUUCUCGCUGCCCCGUACCUGCUGCUACGAGGCUCUGCUGCUGGAUGAGGAGCGUGGAAGGCUAUUCGUGGGUGCCCAGAACCAUGUGGCCUCCCUGAGCCUGGAUAACAUCAGCAAACAGGACAAGAAGCUGGCCUGGCCGGCGCCUGUUGAGUGGCGAGAAGAAUGCAACUGGGCUGGCAAGGACAUCAGUGCUGAGUGUGUGAAUUUUGUGAAACUGCUUCACCCCUACAACCGAACUCACCUGUACAUCUGUGGGACGGGGGCUUUCCACCCCGUCUGUGGCUUCCUGGAGGUUGGGUACAGGAUGGAGGAGCCAAUGCUGAAGCUGGUUGUAAAUAGCCUGGAGGACGGGAAAGGGAAGAGCCCCUAUGAUCCCAAACACCGGGCGGCCUCUGUGCUUGUGGGGCAGGAACUUUAUUCCGGAGUGGCCACAGACCUCAUGGGCCGGGACUUCACCAUCUUCCGAAGCCUUGGCCGGCGUCCCAACCUCCGAACGGAGCAGCAUGAUUCUAGGUGGCUCAAUGAGCCCACAUUUGUGAAGGUUUUCUGGAUCCCGGAGAGUGAGAAUCCCGACGACGACAAAAUCUACUUCUUCUUCCGGGAGGUGGCCGUGGAGGGGAACCCAGGCCUGGGCAGGGUGUCCGUGUCCCGGAUUGGCCAGAUCUGCCGAAAUGACCUAGGAGGACAGAGGAGCCUGGUGAACAAGUGGACCACAUUCCUGAAGGCCCGGCUGGUCUGCUCUGUGCCCGGGGUGGAUGGGGCCAGCGACACAGUCUUUGAUGAGCUUCGCGAUGUGUUCCUGCUCCCCACAAAGGACCGAAGGAGCCCCCUUCUCUAUGCUGUUUUUUCCACCUCCAGCACUGUGUUCCAGGGCUCGGCUGUCUGUGUGUACAGCAUGAAUGAUGUCCGGCGCGCCUUCCUCGGACCCUUUGCCCACAAGGAGGGACCCAGCUACCAGUGGGUUUCCUUCCAGGGCCGGGUGCCCUACCCCCGCCCAGGCAUGUGUCCCAGUAAGACCUUCGGCACCUUCGGUUCCACCAAGGAUUUCCCAGACGAUGUGAUCCAGUUUGCCCGAAACCACCCCUUGAUGUACAACCCCAUCCUGCCUGUGGGUGGGCGCCCCAUCUUCCUCCGAACUGGCACCGACUACACCUUCACUCAGAUCGUGGCUGACCGCGUGGCCGCGACCGAUGGCCACUACGACGUCCUGUUCAUCGGCACAGACAUUGGCACAGUCCUCAAGGUGAUCUCGGUACCCAAGGACAGCUGGCAAAGCACUGAAGGACUUCUGCUCGAGGAGCUGCAGGUGUUUGAGAAUGCUGUGGCCAUCAUCAACAUGCAGAUCUCCUCCAAGAGGCACCAGCUUUAUGUGGCCUCCCAGAGCGGUAUCUCUCAGCUGCCCCUGCACCGGUGUGCCGCCUAUGGCCGUGCAUGUGCCGAAUGCUGCCUGGCCCGGGAUCCCUACUGUGCCUGGGACGGGGCUGCCUGUACCCGCUACCUGCCCAAUACCAAGAGGAGGUAUCGGCGCCAGGAUGUUCGGAAUGGGGACCCCAACAUACUGUGUUCUGGGGACCCCCCACGCCAGACGUUGCUGGAGAAGAAGCUGUUUGGAGUUGAAGGCAGCAGCACCUUCCUUGAAUGUCAGCCCAAAUCCCUGCAGGCCCAAGUAUUGUGGACCUACCAGCGGGCAAGUGAUAGCCCCCGAACCCAGGUACACUUGGACGACCGGGUGAUCCAGACAGACCGGGGCCUCCUCCUCCUCAGCCUGGGUCCCCAGGACACUGGAUUCUACCACUGCCAUGCUACUGAACAUGGCUUCACGCAGCCCCUCCGGCGGCUCACCCUGCGAGUGGUGGGUGCCCACCAGGCUGAGCAGCUGACCAGGGGCGAGGAGGCCCAGGGAAUGGGGGCAGGGUCACCUGCUAGCCAUAAACUCUGGUACAGAGACUUCCUGCAGUUGGUGGAUGCACCUGGGAGAGGUGGGGGAAGCCCUAUGUGCCCCCCAUCUUGGAGUAGUGCGAAGGAGCCCUCAGUCCUUGGGCCUCGGCCAAAGGGACACAAGUGGAAACAUCUUGAGGAGAAGCGGAAAGGAAGGAACCGCCGGACCCACCCCCCAGACCCUCCCCGGGCUGAUCGGGGACCUCGAAGUGCCGCCCAAUGAUGACCCCUGCCACCUGUUCCCCAGACAUCAGUGGGGAUUGAGGGGCCAAGGGACCAAGCUGGGUGUCUUGCUUCCUGCCUAAUUGGGGUACCUUUCAACCCCUCAAUGUGGAGAGGGGACCCAGGAGAAAUAGACUGGCCUUUUGGGGGCAGGGGGGUCCCCUUUCAAUCUCCCUGCCCUGGGGGCCCAGAGCCGGGGAUACAACCACUGAUAUAUUUAUUAACAGACCGUAACCAAUGAAUGUAACCCCAAGAGGGGCCAGGGAUGAGACCAGGGGCCUGCCGGUGGUCUGAGGUCAGUCCAUCCCCUCCCUCUUAGUGCCUCAUUUCCUGCUUGUUAGGUCUGGGCCCAGCAGACAGGGCCGGCAGUGCCUGGGGAUCCGGAAAGUCCACUGACCAACCUCCCCACUGUCCCUGGACUAGACAAUCAGUUCCAGGAGGAGGGACACGAGGACAUGUCCAGGAUAUGAGAGUAUGGGGGAGAACUGCACCUCCCCCCCAGCCUUAGGAAAGAGCAAAGAUCACCAUUUCUUAGGGCUUGAGUAAAAGCUGGGAGCUUUCCCCUGAGGCUAGAGGCCCCCCAGAAAGAGAGAGGAGAACUAGCAGGUGACAUGGAGUGAUUAUGGGACAGGACUGGGGAAUGGAGGGAAUGUACUAAGUUCAUACAACAAACAGGUGAUUAGCCAAGGAGGAGGCAUGGCCUUGCUGUGCCAGGGACCACAAAGAAUUGUGGGGAUCACAUGUGUGACUGUAUGUAUAUGUUUGUAUGUCUCAGUAUGGAUGUGUGUACAUGAGAAGGCAGCGGGCUACUGGGGAGAGAGCUUUGGCCUGAGUUUAAGGUCAGACUCUGUCACUAAAUUCACUGUGUGAUCUGGGGUGAGUCCCUCCCCUCUCUGGGCCUCGAUUCCCUUUUGUGUAAAAUGGAGAUAAUUCCUGCCCUGCCUACCUCACAGGGCUGUUGUGAGGAACAAGGGAACUAACAGAUGUGAAAGUACUUUGGAAAGUAUAAAGAGCUGUAUAAAUGCAAUAUAUUAUUAUUAUUAUUAU